AUGUCGUCGCCAACUUCCAAUACAAUCUUUAAUACAUCGUCACAAGAUCAUACAACAACGCCAGCAGCUACUUCACUACAACAAUAUCACCAGCUUUCAUCGUCAUAUAAUGGAAGUAGCCAACCCGCUCAUGAUAUUUCAUCACAAUCUGGUAACUCUCAAUGGGAAUCUUACUAUGAUGAUUACGUGUUUGACGUAAAUCAGGGUAAUGUUAAUAAUGUUAAUACAACCAAUUCAUCUGCUCCUCAUCAUGUUAUGGAUGAUUUAUCAUUAUAUUCUACUUCCGCUGGUUUAAUACAUACCUCACAAACGAGUCAUCAUCGUCUUCAUGAUGGGAAUG